AAGUCUGCCGAUCAGAAGGCCACGUGGCUCCAAUCACUAUAUAAAUAGAGUCCUAGUACUUUUAUUUUACUCUAAAUGGCCAAUCAAAGCAAGAUUAUUUGGCUUCUAUCCUCAAAUGGCCAUCACCUGAAGUGUCAUGUGAAUACGGAGGAACCUUUGACCGCACUUCUCAAGCAAAAAUAUGCCCAGGCAUUUGGCGUUUCUUCUGAGUCUCUGACGCUGAUCCUCGAUGGGGAGAAAAUCCAGGAGGAGGACACAUUCGACUCUUUGGGCAUGGUUGAUUAUGACAUUGUGGAUGUUUUGGAAGGUACUUGGUGCACGAACACCAUGAAAACAUAAUUGUUUGUAUGAAGUCAUGUUAAUAAAGGCAAUUUAACUGCGAGCAAGAAAGAAAUUCUAUUUGGAUAAAAA